CUACUUACUGAACCUUCUUCUACUUUUUAUUUAAUCGUUUAACUUUUAUUUGUAAAGAUGUAAAGAACUGCUCAUUUAUUCGGCUUCAAGGGGAGUUGUUGACCUUGCUACAAUCCAGCGUUUGGCCAAUCAAGCUGCAGAAGCUUUCUUUCAGAUAACUCUCAAUAAAUAAAUAGUCCAGCAGCGUUCUCAUUGUUAAAUUCCCCAUAGAAGAACGAACCGAUUAAGCUGUUUAAGAGAGCACAGAACAAGAAAAAAAAAAAAAAGAAGAAAAGCGCAAAUAAAAUCAAACCACGCGAGUGUUCAUUUUUUUCGCCCGGCGCAUCUCAACCCGCCUCUUCCAAGAGAAAGGGAAAAAAAAUGUCUUCAAAAUCUCACCUCCCAUACUCCGUGCGGGCAAGCCGGCACAGCAAUCCACUGGCCAAGCAGCUUUUCCAAAUAGCAGAGGAUAAGAAAUCAAAUGUCGUGGUCUCCGCCGAUGUGACGACUACGAAAGAGUUGCUGGAUCUAGCUGACCGCCUGGGCCCCUACAUCACCGUCCUAAAAACCCACAUCGACAUCCUCACCGACCUCACUCCAUCAACCCUCACCAGCCUCCAAGCCCUCGCCAAAAAACACCGCUUCCUCCUCUUUGAAGACCGCAAAUUCGUCGACAUCGGCAGCACCGUCCAGAAACAAUACCACGGCGGCUCCCUGCGCAUCUCGGAAUGGGCCCACAUCGUCAACUGCGCCAUGCUCGCCGGCCCGGGCAUCGUCGACGCCCUGGCCCAAACCGCCUCCUCCCCCGUUUUCCAAAGAGCGUAUGCCGCCGAGGGGCGCGCGCUGCUUAUCCUGGCGGAGAUGACGUCCAAGGGCUCGAUGGCCACGGGACCCUAUACGGAGUUGUCGGUGCAGGCGGCUAGGAAGCAUCGUGGGUUUGUGCUGGGGUUUGUGGCGACGAGGGCGCUUAAUGAGGUGCUGCCGGUUGGCGGUGGAGAAGGAGACGGAGGAGGAGAAGAAGAAGAAGAAGAAGAAGAAGAAGAAGAAGAAGACUUUGUGGUCUUUACGACGGGGGUGAAUUUGUCGUCGAGCGGGGAUGCGUUGGGGCAGCAGUAUCAGACUCCCGCGUCGGCGGUGGGGAGGGGUGCGGAUUUUAUCAUUUCGGGCCGGGGUAUAUAUGCCGCGUUGGAUCCUGUGGAGGCGGUUCAGAGGUAUCGGGAGGAAGGGUGGCGGGCGUAUUUGGAGAGGGUUAAGGGGUACCAGGCGUGAAAAAAAAAAAAAUAUAUAUAUAUAUAUAUAUAUAUA